UCUUCUUGAAAAGUCGUCUGUUUGUUUCAAAGGAAAAUCAACACUUGCAGUGGUUUUCUCGGUUUUCAAUUCCCGGUUUUUCAAUUUCUUCGGUUUAUCUGUGUUUAUUUAAAGAACAUUCUUUUAUUGAAAUGGUUGAAACAGUUUGUGCCAAGUUUGUUUCAAAAAAGAUCCGAAAAGUGCGUUGGCAACGGCCUGCUGCAUUCGGCCGUCCCAAUCCAGAGUAUUUUGUUGCCGGUAGCUGGGAUGAUGAGCAAAAUGAGGUGUCAUUGUGGAAUACUGUUUCACCAGAUGAACAGAAUAAUGAUCCGAUUCAAGUGUCCACUAUUCCUGUUACUAGUGAUGUGAAUGACAUUUCCUUUUAUGACACAUCAAACUUCUUUGUUGCUUUGGGCAAUGGUACUAUUAUGAUGGUGAGAAUUGGCAAAAAGCUGGAAGUAGUUCAUCAAUGGAAGGACAUUCAUCAUUUCAAGAGUAACAAAGCUCCUGCCACAGGUAUUGUCUGCCAAUCUCCUGAGAUAGCAUCUAUUGGAGAAGAUGGCAAAUUAAACUUGAUGAGAAUGAACCAAGAUAAGCCUUAUAAAACCAUAGAUGCUGAUAGUUGCAGCUUGAAUGCAGCUGUUUUCACCUCGCAAAACGAGAUUUUCACGGGCAAUUCGAGGGGCAUGAUCAAACUAUGGGAUUUACGAUCCACAACGGAGAAACCAGUACAGUCAACUUCACUUGCCGAGGAUUCAGAGGUUGGGGUAACCAGCAUGGACAGACAUCCGUUUCAAGGACACAUAGUGGCUGUGGGUGGCUAUGAUGGAAUGCUCACCGUAUACGAUAUGCGCAAGGCCCAAACCCCAGUUACGGUCAUGGAAGCUUCAGACAGCUGUUUGAAUGAAUUGCGCUUUCACCCGGAAAGAGCGGAUCACCUUUUUACCGCUAGCGAAUCAGGAGCCGUUUGGCAUUGGGUUCCAAUGGGCGCAAAGACUUCUGUUUCAAAUGGACUCUCCACUAAUCUUUGGCUAAGCGGAGACUUGGCUACUCAACAGCUGAACAUCAGAGAAAUUCUGCCAUCCCUACCUUUAGCAGUGAACAAUCUACAUAUAGAAAAAAUAGACACAAAAAAGCUAAAUCCAUCCAUACUGCAACUUUUCAGUGAAAUUGUUGAAAGUUACCUGAAACUGUGCAUUACUUCUUCAUCCCAACCUAUAAAUACUGAAUGUUCUAGUCUUUUGUUGACAAUAGAUGCAGCGCUUAGCUAUGUCUGGGAGCAAUUACAUACUGGGCAGUGGAAGGAUGUGGAUCCAGCUUGGAGACAAUUGUAUUCUUACAUCUCACUUUUUAAAACACUUGUAUAUCUUAAACUUGAUGAAGAUUCCAGCUUGCAUCUAGCUGACGCUAUUGCAGCAUGUGACAUGGGGCUCAUCAUGGGGGAGCCAAUACUGGAUGGUUUGCUUAGCAGUAUUGCUAGCAAUAUUAACGAGAAAUUAUGGGAGUCAUCCCAAACUAAAAGUACCUUCAAGGAGACAGACAAAGAAGAAGAGGGCAAAGAAUGCUAUCCUGAACUAAAUCAAAAGAACUUGAUAGAAACUGUCCAAUUACCUAGCAUAGAAACAUUUUUGCUAGACAUCAUGAACAAAAAACCAGUAGUAAUAACAGGAGCGAUGGAUUUUUGGCCAGCUAUGGAGGAGAGACGAUGGAGCGUGAACUAUUUGAGAAAAGUCGCUGGAUAUCGAACAGUACCCAUUGAAAUUGGUUCAAAGUACACAGAUGACGCCUGGUCUCAAUCUCUUACAACCAUCAACGAAUUCAUUGACGACUACAUUUUGAAACCGAAUAAAGCGGCAGGAUAUUUAGCGCAGUAUCAGCUUUUCCAGCAAAUUCCACAGCUAAAGAACGAUAUCGUCAUUCCAGAUUACUGCCACCUCGGUACGUGUGAUGACAUCAACGUGAAUGCUUGGUUUGGACCGCUCGGGACGAUAUCUCCUCUUCACUACGAUCCUGACCAUAACUUUCUCAGUCAAGUUGUCGGUUCCAAAUACAUUCGCCUGUACGAGGAGCAAGUGACAUCAUCUCUUUACCCUUAUGAGCAAGAACUACUUUUCAACACCAGUCAAGUUGAUGUAGAAAAACCAGAUUUGAAACGGUUCCCGCUUUUCUCGUCGGCCCCCUAUGUUGAGACCAUCUUAGAACCCGGGAGCAUGCUCUAUUUACCUCCCAGAAUGUGGCACUACAUUCGAUCUUUGAGUACAAGUUUCUCUGUAAGUUUCUGGUGGAAAUGAUGAAGAUAAAGAAAAAUUUGGUCAUGA